AAAGAACGAGUCAUUAGCGGACGCCCCACACUGAACUCCUGCGACUUGCGUUUAUUCUCCUCCGCCUCCUCACGAGUGAACACCAGUUCUCCGCUUCGCUCCUCAACCUAACCGUCUCAUCAUGCCGUCUAAUCAGAAUGUACAAGGUGGAAAAGCCUUUGGAUUAUUGAAAGAACAGCAGAGGGAGAAGCUAGAAGAAGUGAACAGGGAAUUCAUGGAGGAUCAGAAGUACAGAGAUGAGGAGGAUUUGGCAGAGAAGCUGGAUUCUUUCAAAAACAAGUAUGCAGAAUUUGACCUGAAUGACCAGGGAGAGAUCGAUAUGAUGGGUCUGAAGAGGAUGAUGGAGAAGCUCGGUGUGCCCAAGACCCACUUGGAGAUGAAGAAGAUGAUCUCUGAGGUGACUGGUGGCAGCAGCGAAACCAUCAACUACAGAGACUUUGUCAAGAUGAUGCUGGGGAAGCGUUCGGCUGUGCUGAAAUUGGUGAUGAUGUUCGAGGACAAAGCUAACAGCCCCGCCUGCAAACCAGAUGGACCGCCACCAAAACGUGACAUCGCCAGCCUACCCUAGAGAAAUCAUGGAAGCAGAAGCAACCCAUUCCCACCUAUUUCAAAUCCAGUGGGCAAAGUGUAUAUAGGGAAAACACCCAAGGGAAAAUCUUAGGUUUAGAGAAAGCGGGAGGGGAUCAAUGCCGAAAAAAAAAGAAGAGAUAUCUAUAUAAAUUUGCUGUGAAGAGGUCAAACCCCGCAGAUUAGCUUUUUUUUAUAAGUCAAAUGUAUAUAUUUAUAUGGAAAUAGGUCUUUUUGAAGUGUACUUAUUCCUUUUAAUGGAGUCGUGUGAUGAAAAUGAACAAAGUGUGUUUGUUAACAGUGCAGUGUGUAACAUUUGAGCGUGUAUUAAGUGUAGUGUGUGGGAUAAGACCAUUUUAUUUCCGAAAAAUAUCACAAUAUUUUUAGAAUUAAGAUUAAGGUGUUUGACUUUCCUGCCAUGCCUUUAUUUUUGAGUGCUUUUGCAUUAGCCAGAUUAAAUUAAAUGAAAGUAUUAGGUUUUAAAUGAUCAUUUACCUUUAGCUGCAAUGUCCAGUGACGUAAAUUGUAAGCUAAUGCCAAUAAUACGUACAGGCCAUUUUAUAGCAGAACAGUUAGAGGCAUUAACACUCAUGGCCAUUUUAAUAGAAACAUGUGAUUUUCAGUUUUGGUGCCAAGACAGACUGGAUUAAGAUAAGAGGCCAGACUGAUCGAGCUGACAGGACUCUGAGGCUACACUGGGCACAGACUCGCCCAAACUGAACGGGGGUUCCUAUCCAAUUGUUGUGUUUGUGCCCACCAUAGCCUCAGAUUCCGGUAAAAUUCCCAGUAAACAUGUCCUGUGCAAAGUCACUAAGAUCAGUUUUUUCCCAUUCUAAAGCAAACUCAAUCUCAUUACCUGCAACACUUUGAUUUUAAGCAUUGUGUUGGAUAAUUUUAUAAAUGAACACAUGUUUCUAUUAAAGUGGACAGUGAGUGUAUAUAUAACUAAUCAUAUUCUUUUAAUAUUAUAGGGAUUUUUUUUUGUGUGUGGUUGGAAUUUCCAUAACAGAAAAGGGCCAAGAAAGCAAAGGAGGAGGAUUCACAAGCUUUUACUUAAUGAAUAAGUAGCAGGUUUCAUUCCUUCUAGCUUAAAUACCUCAUAGCUGUUCAUUAAUUGUUCAUCCUCUUGUGUGUGUGUGUGUGGUGUGGUGUUUUACUUAUUUUUUUUGCCCAGUCUGUGUGACUUGUCUCAGUUAAAAUGUGAUUAGUGGAACACUGUUAAAAACGAUGUAUUGUUUGUUUCACACAUUUAAGGUCUGUUUUAUGUUCAAGACCGAUGCAUCACACUUGGAAGAAUGCCAUAUUUCUACAUGCGUUUAAACAGGGUCACCUUCUGCUUACUGUAAAUCCAGCUGAAGUCAGGCUUUCCAAGUGCCUCACACUGUUCCAAUGUAGCCAGUUUACACUCCGUGUGUAAAGAUUUAUUUUUUUUUUACACGAAAAUAAUUGUCUUUUUCAUUCCCACAUGCAUCUUCUGCUCAUCUCACUGAUUGUGAUGUUCUCAAACAUUUCCACUUGUGCUAUUUAUUUCCUCGUUCUUUACAUUACUUAGCAGUAAUACCUAGCUCAGUAUCUAAUUGUAAUUAAAAAAAAGGCUUUGGCCUGUAGGCUCAUGUAAUUCAAUUCAUUUUAUAAUUUUAUUCAGUCUGUGUAGAAAUUGUGCAUCUGUUAGAAUUUUUUUUUGUUUCCAUUCCUGUUAAAGUGUAAAAUAUGAACUAGCAGUUGCACUGUGUUUUUAUUUAGAGUUUUUAGAUUAUUAUUAUUAGUUUGUUAUUUCGGCAUAAUAAUGAAUGCAGGCAUUUUUUAUACUGUAGGUCACAUGGGUUUUUUUUUUUUUUGCAUACACCAAAGGAAAUAAAGAUCAUAUGGUGACACCGGAA